AGGAGAAGCAGUAGACAACAGACAAUACGGUCAUUGGUUGCAUUACAUCACUAAGUUUAAUAUAGUUGUGUAUCUGCUCCUCAGCCAUGGUACACCCACACAGGUGUUUUCUCUUAAUCUGACCUUGAGGAGGAACCCACAGGUGGAACCAAUAAUUAUGUAUCAUGUAACAGUUAUAAGUCAUGAGGACUUUGAACACUUUUAAUGAUUAGUCGAUCAUUUGUCUUCUCUGUUGAUAAUUGACUACAUAGAGGUCAGUGACUAAAAAAAGACGCCACAACAAAUUCCAGGUUUAGUCAAGCCACAAAAAACACUCAUAAUCAGCGGUGGAAAAAAAGUAUUUAGAUCCCUUACUUAAGUAAAAGUACUAAUACCAUGCUGUGAAGUUACUCUACUACAAGUAAAAGUCCUGCAUUCAAAACUGACUGAAGUAAAAGUGCAAAAGUAUCAGCAUCAAAAUGUAUUUAAAGUAUCAAAAGUAAAAGUACAUAUUAUGCAGAAUGAACCCACUCAGAUUGUUUUUAAAAAUAUAUUCUAAAUAUAUUAGAUUAUUUGUAUUGAUGCACUUAUGUAAGCAACAUUUUAAUUUUGUUAAGAUAUGACUUAGUUUAACUAUGUAAAAUAGGUCUACUGUUUUGAGGUUUAAAAUGUUUAAUCAUUUUAUGUUUUUAUGUUAAAUCUCGACCUGAAAAGUAACUAAAGCUGUCAGCUAAAUGUAGUGGAGUAAAAAGUACAAUAUUUGCCUCAAAAUGUAGUGAAGUAGAAGUAUAAAGUUACAUAAAAUGGAGAUAUUAUAGGUAAAGUACAAGUACUUCAAAACUGUUCUUAAGUACAGUACUUGAGUAAAUGUAUUUUGUUACAUUCCAUCACUGCUCAUAAUCCGAACAUUUUUGCUUUUGUAAUCCUGUAUUCAGCCUGAAUCUUGGAUUACAAUUUUUGCUGAUUUAUUACACACUGAAUGUGAGUGUUUGGAUGGAAAUAGUCGAAACGUUUGUUAUCAUACCUUGCACCAAAAGUAAAAAUGUAUUUUUUGUUUUGCAGUUUGUUUGCAAAUCUGCAACACAACACACAGUUUUGUUACAUUAGACACUUUGCUCAAACUUCUCAAUCUCUUUUAUAUUAUUGAAAACACUCCUGACAUGGGCAACAAGAGCACAUCCACACACAUGAAAACAGCCGGACACUAACUGGACACCAAUACUCCUAAAUCAUGACCCCCAUUAUGAUUUUAAUUAAAAAUUAAGAAUUGAUCAAAAUUAGCUUUCCAUUUCAAUUUUUUAAAUCAAAAGAAUGAUCAGCAAAAUUGAGGGUUUAAAGCAACAUAUUUUAUUGGUUACGCUGAUAGAUUUCUUUGUGUUUUUGUUGGUGUUGUAGAAGCAAUGGCAAAAAAAUAAGCUUUGUAUUUUUUUCUAAAGCAGCUCUCUGUUUGUGUAGAUGUUCUGUACAGGAAUAAUCUUUCAUAGAAGCCUGUUAGAGAAAAUAUAGUAUAGGAAGCACUACAGACAUCGGUUCUGCUUUAAAAGAGUCAUUUUGAAAAAGGGUUGUUCAAGUACAAGUUACUUUAUUUGUACCCAGAGGCAGAUUUUGUUUGCAGUAUAGAGUCCUCAUACACACACACAAAAGAGGCACAUAUCAUACAUCAUUCAACUUAAGACAGUGGGAGUUAAGAAAUGGCAAGUUAAAUAAAAAUAAAAUUAAAUAAAAUUAAAAAUGAUCAAAAUUUCUUACAGGUCCAGACUAUACUUAGAUAUUGAUGUGAACUAAAAUACGAAUAGCAAAAAAAGAAGACGGAAAAAUAAAAACAAAAUAAAACAGCAAAAUAAAAUAAAACUUGUUUAGGUUGUAAAAACGUAGAUAAAGGUUAAAAUGUAUAUAUAGAAAUAGUAAAUACAUACAUAAAAGCAACAAUAAAUAAAUAACCACCCGUGCAAAGCAUAGCUAUGAAUUGUUCCUCAGUGUAAUGGCUGCAGGGACAAAACUGUUCUUGUGUCUUUUUGUUCUCCACUGCGGUGUAAGAGCUUUUGAUUGCAGUUUCAUGUUAAAAUAGAGGUGAGGUGUUUAUCUGUAGGUGUUUAUCUCCAUUAGUUGUGUCCCAUUUAGCUUGCGUGUGGUGUUUUUACACACUUCCACAACGAGUGUGUGAGCCAAGUUACUCUGGAGCCUCCUCCUCUUAGGCCACGCCCACCAGGAAGCACAAAUAUAAACUCAGCAAUGCUUUCACUUUAGGCAAUGUGUGUACGGAAGAUAGCAGACAAGCAGCACUGCAGGCGUUACUCAGCUAAAGCUUUAAAGGUAGGAAUGAUUUUAGUGAUUAGCCAUGAAGUGGACGUGUUAAAGCUCAUACACUAAACAGCAGCGUUCACAAAGCCAGCAAACUAAGUGCUGCUCAGUUAACUCCUUCCUGUCUGCUCUUCUCAUGCUCACUGCCACUCUGUGAAGAAAAAAGGCACCAAGAAGAUGGAAGAUGGAGAGAAGACAAAGCUGGAGGAGAUGCUGAUGUGCCCAGUGUGCCAGGAUAUCUUUAAGGACCCCCGGCAGCUGCCCUGUGGACACAGCAUGUGUAUGGGCUGUCUGGAAAACAUGAUCGAUCACUCCUCAGACGCUCCUUUCCGUUGUCCGGACUGCAGGGCUCAUUUUGGACCCGUCUUCGGGGUGCAGAAGAGCUACACGCUGAGCAGCAUCGUAGAGGACUUCAGAGUGAUCAGGAGGAGGAUGGAAGUUCAGAGGAAAAUCGUGUACUGCGACUGCUGCCCGGAGAAAGCGACCCCGGCCUUCAAGACGUGUCUGAAGUGCGAGGUGUCUCUGUGCAGAAAACACAUCAAGGACCACCAGGAGCUGCCGGUGUUCACAGGACACCCCUUGGUGGAGCCUCUGGGGGACCUGCAGGAGAGGAAGUGUCCGCAGCACAACGACCAGGUGCUGAAGUAUUACUGCAACACGUCGGGACGCUACGUCUGCAACAUGUGUUCCCUGCAGAGCAAACAGAACCACCAGACCACCGAAUCCUACGCCGUCCUCAGGAGACAGCUCACUGAGGACAUAGACGAACGCUUCAACAUGCUCAAGGAGCAGAUUGGAGAAUCGAGCGGAGCGAUAAAAACACUGCAGGAAGACCUCCGCCGAGAACAGAAAGUGAAUUCUAGCUACUCGUCUCUCAACACGGUGACAGCCGUGCUGCUCUGUCUGUGGUUCAUCGUUCUGUAUUACGCCUACAACUACGCUGUAGAGAACCAGGCGCUGAAAGAAGCUCUGGACAAGCAGCACAGCCACGCUCACCACAUCUACUCCACCAUCGCAGAACAUUUGCUCGAUCAUCCAAAGAAGAGCCAAACAUCUCCAGACACAGAAGAUCAAGGACUCCUGAAGUUGGACGUGGACACAGCGAGUCCUUUCCUGGGUGUCUCUGCCGACCUCCAGACAGCAGAGAGGGUGAAGACCAAGCUGGACUACCCCAGCAGCAGCCGGCGCUUCGAGGAGGCUCCUCAGGUCCUCUCGGCCCGCUGCGUCUCCUCGGGGAGACACGGUUGGGAGGUGGAGGCGGAGGGCUACUGGGACGUCUCCGUCUCCUACACCAGCAUCCUGAGGAAGAGCAAACACGGCAGCACCUUCGGGAACAACCAGGAGUCCUGGAGCCUGACGCACAACGGGAAGGGCUCGCUGUUCGCCUACCACAACAAGAGGAAGACGCUCGUCUCUGGGACGCUGAUGAGCAGACGGGUCGCAGUGAUGGUGGACUUUAAGGGAGGAAAGAUCUCCUUCAGCGCUGUGGAGUCCACCACCACGCUGCUGCACGAGUUCAAGGUGGAUCUGACCCAGCCCGUGUGUCUGGGGCUGGGCCUGUACCGCGUGGAUCCGCCCAGUACAGCCUCCAUAGUCAGAGCCUGGUGAGAAACCAUCUGACUGGCUCAAACGUCUUAAAUCCAGCUGUAAUCAAGAGGAACUGAAGCUGAUUUGCACUAAAUGUGGAGGGCUCUGAGAGUAAAAGGCCUCACUGUGUCAGAGCCAAUGAAAAAAUGGAACAUUUGCGCCCCGGUAGCACACCUGGUAGAGCGCGCACCAUAGAGGCUUUGACCUCGCAGGCGGGCGGCUCGGGUUCGAGUCCGACUCGGAGCCCUUUCCCGCAUGUCUCCCCCUUUCACUCUCUCUCUCACACUAUCAAAUAAAGCCUUGAAAAACGGCCAAAACAAUAUAAAAAAACAAAAAAAUGGAACAUUUGACUCAGGAAUGUAUUUUUUAUGUUGCAAGGUGUAUGAAGAUAUGUACAGUAGUUAAUUUUAACCCUUAACCCAUUGAAGCCUGGAAAGCGGAUACGUCGUUUUGUAGUAUUUGUAUAAGCUCUCAAAUACUUUUUGAAUGUAAUUUCUAUCUGCUACAGAGGCUGAAAAAUCUAUUAUUUAGUAGAAGAGUUGACACUUUUUUUUCCAGAAUUUUUCCAGAAUUUCCAGAAAAUUAGAGGCUUAUUUUAAAAUCGCCUAGCAGUUUUUCAGGCCUCAAUGGGUUAAUAGGGCACUCAUUGAAAUACUUGCAAAUUUCAACCCUAGAGAAUAUUGGAGGGUAUUACAUACAGCCAGAAUGUGUAAAAAAAACAUUCGGACCCGGGGGAGGGGGGUCAUAUUUUGAGAAAAAAGUUUACGAGAUUAAAGUGGCAAAUCUACGAGAAAAAAUGUGCAGAUUUAUGAGAUUUAAAGUGGCGAAUCUGCAAGAAAAAAGUUGCUUUUUUCCCACUUUUUUCUCGUAAAUCUGCAACUUUUUUCGCACAGAUUUGCCACUUUAAAUCUCUUAAAUCUGCGACUUUUUUUCUUGUAGAUUUUCCACUUGAUUCUAGUAAAUUUGCAACUUUUUUCCCGAAAUACUACCACCAAAAGGACAUUUUAACACAAAUGUCAGGCUUCUGAAAAGUAUCUUCAUUUCUAUACUUCAUUCUUGGUUGGGCUCCUUUUUUUUUUUUUUAGAUGUUCCUGUAUUAUUAGAGUGCCUUUCAACACGUGAAAAUCUGUCUUAGUACUUUCACAUCAAAGAUGAAGAAAUUAACUGUUAACCUUCAGCUUAAAAAAGGUGAAGCUAAAUCUUUUGCAAUAUAAUUUGAAAGAACAAAGACACACAGUAUGCAGCCUAA